UCACAAAUAACACAUCAUGGACACCGUGUAUCUGGGGAAACUUUUCUUCAUUGGACACUGAGCCCUUUUUGUCAGUUUGGUUUUUUUUCAGAGAGAUGAACUCUGUUGUCACUGUUGACUGAAGCCUUUUGUUCCCAAGCCGAAUAUUCUUCUGUCUGGGAUCUAUCUGGACAUCUGUAGCAUGUUGCAAUACGGUCAGUGGGAGUUCUCAUCCGUUGCAUCUACAUUCUCUCUCCCAGGUCGGUGAGAACACUUUCAGCCCUGAGGAUAACCUGGAGAGUUCAGAGGAAAAUAAAGGGAUUACAUAUGAACUGGGAGAAUCUAUAUUUAUAUCAAGGAGAUGCUGCUGUCACGCUGAAGUCAAUGGGGCUUGGAUGGUGAAAGUGAACUCAUUCCUUAUUUAAGAUGACGUAUCCAACCGACUACGACGUCAUGGUCAUACCCCUAACACCACAAUAAGGACAACGUGACAGAAACAUGGAAGGUGGAGGAAUACAGAACUCAUCCAUGAAUGGCAAUGGAUCAGACAUCCACCCUGUCACACACAGCUUAUGGGAAGUCGUGAUCAUAGCAACAGUGUCUGCUAUCGUGAGCCUGAUUACGAUAGUGGGAAACGUCCUGGUGAUGUUGUCCUUCAAGGUCAACAGCCAGCUGAAGACGGUCAACAACUACUAUCUACUGAGUUUGGCUGUAGCGGACCUCAUAAUAGGUGUGUUCUCUAUGAACUUCUACACCUCAUACAUACUGAUGGGGUACUGGGCCCUUGGUAGUGUGGCCUGUGACCUCUGGUUGGCUUUGGACUACGUGGCCAGUAAUGCCUCAGUGAUGAACCUGCUUGUCAUCAGUUUUGACAGGUACUUCUCCAUCACCCGACCUCUGACCUACAGAGCCAAACGCACUCCCAAACGGGCUGGGAUAAUGAUAGGAAUGGCUUGGCUUGUCUCCUUCAUUCUGUGGGCCCCGCCCAUACUGUGCUGGCAGUAUUUUGUGGGGAAAAGGACAGUCCCCGAGAGGCAGUGUCAGAUCCAGUUCUUCUCAGAGCCAGUGAUAACAUUUGGGACGGCCAUUGCAGCGUUUUACAUCCCAGUUUCGAUCAUGACCAUCUUGUACUGUCGGAUCUACAAAGAGACAGAACGUCGCACCAAAGACCUUGCUGAGCUCCAGGGCAUCAACAGUUCCACAAAUCCUAGUGUCACCAAUCCCCAGAAAACCAUCAUCCGAUCCUGCUUCAACUGUAAGCAGCUCAGUUCCACCUCACGAGACGGUACCAAGGCCUCCUGGUCCUCCUCCAGCAGGAGUAAUGCAGCCAAAUCAGCCACAGCCGUCAACGACGAGUGGUCCAAGAGUGACCAGCUGACCACCUUCAACAGCUAUGCUUCCUCGGAAGACGAAGAGCGGGCAGUGUCCCCUGGGGGUUUCCAGCCCACCUAUCGGAACCAGUCGUGUGAGCAAAACACAGACACAGCAGGCUGCCAGAAUGAGCAGCUCAGUAGUUACGAAGAGGACACGUUUUUCAACACACCACCCAAGACCAACUCCCAGAAUAGCAAAAAGUGUGUUUCUUACAAGUUCAAACAAGUUCCCAAAGACACUGCCAGCGGUGCCCAGCAAAGCAAAAAUGGAGACACCGGUAUGGCCCCAUCGUCUUUCUCCUCAGCUGACUCUAUGAGUGCCCCACCCUCCUCCUCCAAGCCAAUAGACACCACUCUAAAGAUUCAGCUGACCAAAAGGAAGAGGAUGGUGCUGAUCAAGGAGAGAAAGGCUGCCCAGACGCUCAGUGCCAUUCUGCUGGCCUUUAUCCUGACAUGGACACCCUACAACAUCAUGGUGCUUAUCUCAACUUUCUGCUCAGACUGUAUCCCUCUGUCACUCUGGCACCUGGGCUACUGGCUGUGCUACGUCAACAGCACAGUAAACCCCAUGUGCUACGCCCUCUGCAACAAGACCUUCCAGAAGACAUUUCGUAUGCUGCUGCUCUGCCAAUGGAAAAAGAAGAGGGUGGAAGACAAUCUCUACUGGUAUGGGCAAAACCCAGUAGUGGGCAGCAAACUGACAUGAGCCAAUCCUUACAGAGUAAACAAGUAUGGCGACUAAAUGACUAAUAUUUGUGUGGAAAUAUUUCUGUUUUGUACUUGAAUUGUGUCUACAAUUAGGGGCAGUGUGAAAAGUGCAAAUGUUAGACAAGAAUACAUUUUGUUCAUAGAAUUGUUCUUUAAUUAAUCAAUUUUUGGAUCACUUGCUACAAGAUAUACAAAAGUGUUUGAUAAUUGUGCCCCAAAUACUGAAUACUGUACACCA